CUCUUUCAGAGAACACUUCGUUCUAGGAUUCUAAGUCAGACCAAAAUCAAAAUCGGAAAAACAAUGCAGAGAUCGGUUGCGAUGACGGCGAAGAGACUUCUUCAUCGCAAUCUUCUCGCAGAAGCUAAACCUAGAACCGUUUCGUCUCCUUCAUUUAGCCAUUGCAGUUCUUGUUGUUGCUGGGUACGACGAGCUUCUUCUUCAAGGGCCAAUGGUGAUUUGCGAGAGAGAUUAAGCAAAACUAGUCUUCGCGAUAUAAAGCUAGAUGACGCGAUUGAUCUGUUCAGUGACAUGGUUAAGUCUCGUCCUUUCCCUUCCGUUGUAGAUUUCAAUAGAUUGUUGAGUGCCAUUGUCAAAUUGAAGAAGUAUGACGUUGUAAUCUCUCUGGGAAAAAAAAUGGAAGCUUUGGGGAUUCGAAGUGAUCUUUAUACGUUUAAUAUUGUGAUUAAUUGUUUUUGUUGCUGUUUUCAAGUCUCUCUUGCUUUAUCUGUUCUUGGCAAGAUGUUGAAACUUGGUUAUGAGCCUGAUAGAGUCACACUUGGGUCUCUUGUUAAUGGAUUAUGUCGUAGGAAUAGAGUUUCUGAUGCUGUAGCUUUGGUUGAUAAAAUGGUGGAGAUUGGAUAUAGACCGGACAUUGUUGCUUACAACGCUAUUAUUGAUAGUCUUUGCAAAGCAAGACGUGCGGAUGAUGCUCUCGACUUUUUCAAGGAAAUUGAAAGGAAAAGGAUUAGACCGAAUGUUGUUACAUACACUGCGCUUGUAAAGGGUCUUUGUAGUUCAGGUAGAUGGAGCGAUGCUGCUCGGCUUUUGAGGGAUAUGAUCAAGAGGAAAACCUCUCCUAAUGUGAUUACUUACAGUACAUUGCUCGAUGCGUUUGUGAAAAACGGAAAGGUUUUGGAGGCUAAGGAGCUUUUCGAGGAGAUGGUCCGGAUGUCUAUUGAUCCUGAUAUAGUGACUUACAGUUCGUUGAUCAAUGGGCUUUGUAUGCACGAUCGCAUAGAUGAGGCCAACCAAAUGUUUGAUUUGAUGGUUAGCAAGGGUUGUUUCCCAGAUGUAGUGAGUUACAACACUCUUAUAAAUGGAUUUUGUAAAGCAAAGAGAGUAGAGGAUGGGAUGAAACUGUUCUGUGAAAUGACUCAGAGAGGAUUAGUUAGCAGUACAGUCACUUACAACACUCUUAUCCAAGGGUUUUUUCAAGCAGGCGAUGUUGAUAAAGCUCAAGAAUUUUUUAGUCAGAUGGAUUCUUUUGGUGUCUCUCCCGAUAUUUGGACCUAUAAUAUUUUGUUAGGUGGUCUUUGUGACAACAGGGAGCUAGAGAAAGCAUUGAUGAUAUUUGAAGAUAUGCAAAAGAUCGAAAUGGAACUUGACAUUGUCACAUAUACUACUAUUAUCCGAGGAAUGUGCAAGACUGGUAAGGUCGAAGAUGCUUGGGGUUUAUUUUGUAGCCUCAGCCUCAAAGGAUUGAAGCCUGAUAUUGUAACAUACACUACAAUGAUGUCAGGGUUGUGUACGAAAGGCCUACAACGUGAAAUUGAUGCUUUGUAUAUGAAAAUGAAACAUGAGGGGCUUAUGAAAGAUGACUCCACGCUAUGCCUUAAAGAUGGUGACACAACUAUAUCCGCCGAACUUAUCAAAGAAAUAUUGAGCUGUGGUUACACACCAACCUUGCUUAGAAAGUCUGGCGGUUGCAACAAAGUUGUGUCUCCAUUGUAAUUGUUACAGUGUGCAUUUCCAAAUCCACUGUGUGGAUAUGUUUGGGUUUUGUCCUAGAAUUCAUCUGUUUCAGCGGUGAAUGAAUCACUGGCACUUGGUGUUUUUGUAAUUCGAGAUUUCGAGUUGAGAAAUCCUCAAUUGCUUCAUCCAACCAUUGAGUAAUGGUGGUUGGUGAAGUGUUAUUGAAUGGUGAAUGCAUCUGGGUUCUUCACUAACCGCCUCAUUCCUGAUUAGAGAUUCGGAUUUGGAUUGUACAGUUGAAGGGAUUCUCUGGGAGGAUUUUGUGCUGUCAUCACCACCACCAGCAGCUCUAUCGCUGAUGCUGAUUAGCGUUGCUUCAUCGUCUUCUUUCAUCGCACUAAAGGAAAAACAGAUGAAUGUAGGAAAAAGAUGUAUUUGGCUCGGCUUGAGGAAGAAUGAGCAUUACUUGGUUUCUCUCAAGCUUAUCAUGAUUCCUCUCUUUGCACAUAAAACAUAUAGGAAACUGCUCUGCCAGAGAUUAGAGAAAGCCAUGAUGUUGUUAAUAAAGGCAAAGCUUCUCGCAGCUUUGGAAACAACCAUGGAAGAGCUUCUCACUUACUUAGUGAUAUGAUUGAGAAGAAAAUCGUCCCCAAUGUAGUCACUUUUAAUGCAUUGAUCAAUGCGCGAGUAUAUGCAAAAGGAGUGAAAUGGAGCUCGCUAUAUUCACAAAUAAUACUAUGAUUGAAGGGAUGUGCAAGGCUGCGAAGGCCAAAGAUGAGUGGGAUUUAUUUUGUAGCCUCAGCCUUAAAAGGAGUGAAGCCUAAUGUUGUAACCUACAAUACAAUGAUCUCAGGCUUGUGUUAGGAAGCAGUAUAUCUUUUGUCUUUUAAUUGAUUUAUUACGGUUCUCAAUGUUAAAUGUGGAUAAGAUAUGUGCAUAUUCAGUUGAUGUUGUUUCUGCGCAUUA